AUGCUACGGCCGACGGUGCUGCUCGCUGCGAUGGCCGCCGCCUACGCGUCCGAGCCCGUCGCCGACCUCUUUCCGACGCCGACGCCCUUCGGCGUCUCGCACACGCUCUCGUAUGUCAACCACGGCAAGGUGCCGUACGACCCGGAGAACAAGCAGCCCAACACUGACCUCGUCGUCUAUCCUGAAGGCCAAAACCAGCCGCUGGACCCGGCGUUCGCCGGCGCGCAGCCGCCGCCGCCAAUUGUUCCCUCGACGUUCGACAUCUUUGUGGGCCUCUCGGCGUUUCGCGACGGCGGGCGCUGCGGCAAGACUGUCUUCACAGGCUUCUUGCGCGCCAAGCACCCGGACCGCCUUUACUUUGGCGUCGUCGAUCAAGUGAGCCCUGAAGACGAGACGACGUGUCUGGAAUCCUACUGCGCGCUAGCCAAGGCGCAAUGGCCAGACGUCGACUGCAAGUACAAGAACCAGAUCAAGAUCGACACGCGCCGCGCGGACGAGUCGCGAGGACCGACGCUCGCACGACACUACCAGCAAAAGCUUGUGGGUGACCAAGAGUUUUGUCUACAGCUCGAUGCCCACAGCAUCUUUACCAUCGAUUGGGACCUCGGCCUCGUCGAAGACUGGAAGACGACCCAGAAUGAGAUGGCGAUCCUCACGACGUACCUCCACGACCUCAACGAUUUCAUCAAGCCUGACGGCACCAACAACCCACCGCAGCACUUGCCGCACAUUUGCCAGACGAUGCGCGGCGGAAAUGGCCUCGUGCGCAACAUUGGCGCGGACCUCAUUCUGCAGCCCAAGUACCCGCAGAUGACAGCGCUCUGGGGCGCGGGCCUCUCCUUCGGCAAGUGCCACGCAGAGAAGCGCGUCAAGAUCGACUCGCACACGCUCUGGAUGUUUGACGGCGAAGAAUUCUUGCGCGCGUCGCACCUCUGGACGCACGGCUACGACCUCUACUCGCCGUCGCGGACCGGCAGUGUCGUGUACCACAACUACACAAGCGUCCCGAAGCGGUUUGAAUCCAUUGCUAUCGACGAAGCAACGCGCGCGACCGAGCGUCUUCGAGGCGAGAAUCGCUUCAAGUUUCAAGUCGGCUGGCCGUUCAAGGGCGAGAUCGAUGCGGACGAGCUCGACAUGUACAGCUUUGGCACGGCGCGAUCACUGCAGAGCUACCUCGCCUUCUCUGGCAUCACGUUCGAGCCCAACCAGACGGACAAACACUCGUGCAAGCAGCUCUACUGGGUCCCGUACCGAGACCCGAGCAGCGUCGAAGCCCUCGUGCCUGGCUACACGAUGAUGCCGAGAACGACCAAGGCGCCAAAAACCACAACGUCCGCGCCGACGACCAAGCCAGCGACCACCAAGGCGCCGAUGGAAACGCCUUUGGACGGAACACCCAAGGUCGCGCUGUUGCGUCAAGAAGCCAAGCCGGCGCCCGCCGAGAAGACACGACCGCCGCUCACCGACAACUACUUUGCCGUCGGAGUCGUGCUGGUCGUCGCCGUCGCCGUCGUUGUGUACACCAACGACCCGCUCUGGUACCGCGCCCAGCGCCUCAUUGGCGUCCCACAUGCAUCGCAGCAUACGCGCUAACACCCAACAUCCCAUCUCAAUACGCACCAUAGACUUCUUCAUGGUUAAUUACCUGUGCCCG